GAUUUUUUGAUUUUAUUGUAUUAAUGUGUACAUUAAGCCUUUUUGUACUAAUAUAUAACACAAUCUUUGUGUAAUUAUGAACAGUUAAUAUUUUACAAGCAGGGAAAUUUAGUUCCAUCUGCAUAAGUUGGCAAAAUUGAGAACCAGACAGUUCUAUCUGCAUCAGCUGGGAAUAGUAUUGUUUCACUGCUGGUAAGGUUAUGUUGUCGUGUUAAUGUGUUAAAAGUAAUUUCAUUGUGUGUUUGUAAACAUAUUAAAAUGGAUGGUGAUAUCAUAAAUAAAUGGAUUGAUGACAGUUUAAAUGAUAGUUUGUCAAUAGAAAACAUCAAUAGUGAUGAUGAAUAUAUACCUUCACCUGACGACAGUAACAGCGAAGAGGAUUGUAUUCUUUCACCAAACCCAAAACGACGAAGACUUUGUAAAAGGUUGUUUGAUGCAGACGACACGGAUAAAACUUCCAGUGAAGCCCAAACGAACAAUACCGAUCCAGCUCUGGAAAAUGAAGGAAGCUAUAGUUCUGUUUGUGAUGUUAGCCCAACAGUGAACCAAAGUGGAAAAAUAAAUCGAUCUCUAGUUCCUUACAGUGAAACAGAAUCAGAAAAAGACUCCACUUCUGAUGAACUAACGCCGAUGAAGGAAAAGAAAAAAACUAGAAAAAGACAGCGGAAUCCGAAGAAUUGGAAGAAAAAUGUUAGGAAGGAGAGGCGACAAACGGGUAGAUCAUACACCAGCUCAUGUGGUAAGAUUGUUCCUCAAAAGAACCUUCAACACUUAGACUGCAAAUGUAAAUUUAAAUGUAGUAAUAAAGUAAGCAAAGAUGAGCGUGAAGCUGUUAUGCUGAGCUAUUAUAAAAUAGACCAAAAUGAAAAAUAUCAUUUCAUACUAAGAAAUACAGAGUGCAAAAUGUCAGUAAGAACAAAGGUGAAAAAUAAUCCCCAGAAAAAGAAUUCCUUUUCAUAUUUUUUACAUAUAAACAACGAAAAGAUUAGAGUUUGUAAACAGUUUUUUCUCCAAACUAUUUUAGUGAGUCAGAAGACCAUUUACAAUGUUCACAAUAAUAAGGACAAAUCAAGUGAAGUACCGAAAUCGGACGAAAGAGGAAAAAAAACUAAAGACAGGACGCAAAAAGCUGAUAAAGAUAUUCUUAGGAAACAUAUUGAAUCUUUUGCAAAAGUCGAGUCCCAUUACUGCAGGGCAAAAACAGCAAAAGAAUAUCUUAGCCCUGACUUAAAUAUCAGUAGAAUGUUUGACAUGUACCUUGAACAUUGCAAGGAACUUAAGGUGAAACCUCUAUCCAUAUCAAUGUAUAGAUCUAUUUUCAAUAAUGAAUAUAAUUUGGAUUUUUUGCUACCCAAGUCCGACAGAUGUGACUUGUGCGAAGAAUACUCUAUGUCCCUAAAAGAAAAUCGAAUGACAGAAGAGCUUGCUGCCAAAUAUGAUGAUCAUAUGUUCAAUAAAACAUUUAUGAGAAAUGAAAGAAAAAAAGACCGAGAGAGUAAUGAAGUCGUUGUAUGUUUUGACUUACAAAAUGUUAUAGCGCUACCUAGGGCUAACGUAAGCUGUUUUUUUUACAAAAGAAAGUUGAACGUAUACAACUUAACUGCACAUUGCUCAAAAGACAAAAAAGGCUAUUGCGCAUUUUGGCAUGAAGCGCUUUGUGGUCGUUCUGGGAAUGAUAUUGCCAGUGCAGUGGUAAAAAUAAUGGAAAAAAUAAGUUCAGCGUUUCCAGAUGUUAAAGAUUAUAUUUUGUGGAGUGACAGUUGUGUUCCCCAAAACAGAAACUCUGUCAUUUCAUAUGCCAUUUCUUUAUUUAUGGCAAAAAAUAAACACAUUGAACGAGUAACAAUGAAAUAUUCUACUCCAGGCCAUUCAUGCAUACAGGAAGUAGAUAAUGUGCAUUCCAACAUUGAAAAGGCACUCAAAGUAACUGAGGUUUGGUCCCCUGUUUCUCUUUUAAGAGUAAUCAUCGCAUCUAAUAAAAAGUCACCUUAUUCAGUAAUCCAAAUGUUGACAAAUGACUUCUUCGACUUCCAAGCACAAAGCAAGAACCUUGCGUAUCAAGAUUGCCCUUAUACUAAAGUGUGCCAACUUCAAUUUUGCCAAUCUAAUUUACUAUCAGUAAAGUUUAAAACCAGCCAUGAUCCUUUGGAACCUUGGAACUGCAUUAACUUGGUGAAAAAAAAUAAGUCGAACAGAUCUACAGGACGAGCAACAACUACUCUGCCGAGAAUUCUCUGGGGAGCAAACGUAGUGCGAGACAGGAAGAAAUUACCUUCAGACAAGAUUAAAGACAUAAAAUCUAUGAUGAAAUGGAUGCCUACAGUUGAUGUAGACUAUUUAAAUACAGUUUUGAAUUAAGGACCUUUUGGACUUUAAAUAUUGAUUUGUACUCAGGGACAAAAGGUUCCAUCUGCACGUUUUGUUUUGUUUAAAAAUGCCUAAAAAAUUGUAUUUUACUAAUAUUUCAAUAAACUGGGGUUUUUGUAAACACUAACAAACUGUUGAUUAUUUAUAACCUAGAAUUUCUUUCAGUACAAUAUAAAGUUGCCCUGCAGAAGGUCUUAAACUUUAAAACGCUCUACUGUAAAAUUUGUUAAAAUGCAGAUAGAACCCUCUGGUUCUGACGUCUCGAGCUGU